ACGAAGCGGUUAGUGGUUUAAAUUAUCAACUACACAACAUUUACAAUCUUAUCAUUAUAAAGGGUUACGAUAAAUAUGUUAAAAAGGUUAAAAUCUAAUGCAGUUACUUAAGCGUAAAAAAACAAGUUAUUUUUUAACUCGGUAUUAAAAGUGUACUGGAAUGUUUUAACAAAAAUGGUGAUUGAACUGUUUUGUUUUGCUUUAGGACUGUUUUUACUGUAUGUUUUAUAUAGUAAAAGAAGGAAAGGAAAGGAUAAAGCCCUCGUCGGACCAAAAGGUCUCCCUAUACUCGGAAACAUCUUGGAAAUUGAUGACGAGAAUAUGCAUUUUAAAUUUUCAGAAUAUGCAGAACAAUAUGGUGAAAUAUACCAAGUUAAACUACUUUUUGAUACAUUUGUAGUGUUAAAUAGUGAGCGGGUUAUUAGAAAAUGUUUCGGAGGUGAUAAAUAUAAGCACGUUUUUAAUGAUCGAUCUGAGUUAUUUUACGGGAAACACUUUGCUUGCAAUAACAGAGCUUUGAGUUUUGUGGUUGAUGGGACAGGACUGUUUCAUAGAACUGCAAGGAAACAUGUUAUGCAAGCUUUGCAUGCCUAUGGCAGUGGACUACGGGAUUUAGAGAAUAACGUCAUGACUGAAUUAUCUAAUCUACAUACGAGAAUUGAGGAUGAGAAUUAUUUUGAAUGUGUUUCCUUAAUAUUUCAGUCUAUCUCAAAUGUUCUGUCACUAAUGUUGAUUGGUGAACCAGUUUUAGACGAUGAAAAAGAAAAGAACAUGUUCUUGGAUGAAAUACACGUUGAAGAUUUCUUUCUGAAUUCUUAUGUAAACUUCAUUAUGUCAGUGUUACCAUUUGUACGAUAUAUCCCUGGAAGGUACAAACAAGAAUUCCUAAAGGCGAAGGCUGUUAAUGCAAAAAUUGUAAAGAAAUAUUUUCACGAUGUCAAGAGAUCAUUUGUUAGAGGAAAAGUCCGUGGUAUCGUUGAUGUAUUUUUCGAGGAACAGAAUCAACAAAUAGAAGCUGGAGGGGAGGUUUUCUUUACGGAUGAUACAAUUAUAGCACAAGUGAUUGACAUAAUAGAUGGGGGAAUCACAACAACUUGGUCGGUUCUUUCAAACACAAUGUUGAUAUUACUGAAUUAUCCACAAUAUCAGAAGCUGCUCCAGAAUGAGUUUGACAGGGAAAUUGGAAGACAACGACUUCCGACAUUUAAAGACCGAAGUAAUUGCCCAUUUUUCAAAGCAUUUGAGCUGGAAGUGCAUAGAUACAUUACAGUUGUCCCACUUAUGUUGCCUCAUAAAUGCAAAGAAGACAUAGACUUUGAAGGAUAUGAUAUUGCAAUGAACAGUACAGUAAUUGGGAAUAGUUGGUAUAUCCACCACAACAAGGAGAUUUGGGGAGAUCCAUGGACAUUUCGCCCAGAGAGAUUCUUGGACGAACAUGGCAACGUGCUGCCUUCUGAACACAUAUUGCGAAAGAAGUAUUAUAAUAGUUCACUAGAUUCAAGCUCAUGAUCGGCCUAUAAUAUUUAAAUUAUAAGAACAGUUUAAAUUAAUGAUUUUCUGUUUAAAAUCUACUGUACCGC